CCCCUUUCCUUGUUGUUGCAGCUCAAGACGAGCGAGUCGCAGUUCACCGUGCUGGCGUCCGACGACGCCGAGUCGGGCCGCGGCGGCGGCGGCGGCGGCGGCGGCUACGCCAACCACGCGGACGGCAUCGGGGUGAGCGUCGUGUCCGGGCCCGGCGGGGCGGCGAGCGACGGGCUGGGCGACUGCGGCAGGGCGGCGGGGGGCGGCUCGGCCGGCGGCGCUGCGGCAGGCCACGCCGCGCCGCCCCCGCACCGCCACACCCAGCACAACACCAUGUCGUCGCGGUCGUCCAACGGCUCCGUCAUCACCCUCACCAUGCACAACAACCACCUCAUCGUGGAGAAGGAGGAGAUCGUGGAGUCCAGCCAGGAGGAGGCCCUGUACGCGCUGGCCUUCGCCGACCAGCAGGCCAUCGUGCACCCGCCACCGGCCGCGGCCGCCGCCGCCGCCGCGCUCGUCAAGGGCGCCGACACGGGGCUGUCGCAGCCCGACCUCAGCGGCGGCUCGGAGGGCGAGAACCCAGCGUACGCGUACGGCAACCAGGUGGGGUACGACUCGGGCCCCAUGGGCUACACGUCGUACAACGGUUACCGGGUGGAGGGCCCGCCCAGCCGGCUGCGGCAGGCCUCGCACCCGCUGGGGGCGGCGACGCCGCCGAGGCCGGUGCUGCCCGGCCCCCAGGACAGCGUGGACGUGGUGGACGUCCAGGACCUCCCCGAGGACUCGCCGCAGCCGCAGCGCCUCAUGUCCGACAUCCAGGCGCGCAAGGACGCGCUGCAGCGACAGGAGGACCACGUCCAGGAACCGCCGGCAGAAAACGGCGGCCUGGUCUUGUCGGCCGACCUGGACAUCCCCGCCGCGGACGACGGCGACGACGACUCGACGAGCGCCACCGAGGACGUGUGCUCCGUCAAGGCACAGUCCCCGACACCGCCACAGACGCUGAGUCUCGGGCAGAUGGGGCCGGCGGAGCAGACGCUGCGCUCGCCUACGGUGGAGAAGCUGCGGCUGCAGGAAGCUGCCUCCCCGGACGUGGAGAGGCUCUCCUCCGCCUCGACCAGGACCAGCUCCACGCCGCCCCGCUCGCCCCUCGCGCAGAGGGACCGGGACCAGCAGUAGCAGACUAUACAGCGACGUGUGGCCUAUUUUUAGCCCACAUCUGCCACAUUUGGGCACGCGCUGCUUUUCCUUUUUGCUAUCGUCGAUUUGUUAUCACAUCUUUCUAUAUUCAUUCUUUCUCUAAAAACAAAAUGGUGUGAUUUUUGUCUUGUGAGUUGGAAGGCGACAUACCGACAUGUCACGGGCGUAUGCAUGCCGUCCAUGUCCGUCCACGCCGAUGGCUGUUGGAGAGCGAAGCCCCUUUUCCUGAAGCGGGUGUGCAAUGUCACUAGCACAGUGAGCGACAGCAUGAUUGCUAGCGGUGGUAUCGCGAAUUUGGUGCUAAUUUGAAAUAAACGAGGCGUUGUCAGUUUGGCGCGCUCAGGGUCAAUUCUCUGUGACCAGAUAGUUCUUACUGUAAGGAAACCAAAGAUAUAUUCAUCUCAUUUUUAUAAUCAUUAGUUCUCCUCAUUCGUUAAUAUACACAUUCUAAUGCAAGUUAUGUAUUUAAAUCUAUAAAGUUAUUAAAUACAAAGAAGUUUGUUUGUAAUCGUCCGGAAUGAAUGAAAACUGAAUGCUGUGGAACUAUUAUUUUCGUAUUGAUCGGGUUGGGGAACAGAACAGAUGUAAGUCCUGCGUUGUCCGAGAGUGCUCUUGGUCAGAGUCGUGUCUGCUGCCACAAAUCUCCCGCCAGGCGAGAAAAUUGGCACGAUUAAACCGAUACCGUCCCCAACGUCAAUUUGUGACCGAUUCUGGACCGAAUAACUGUGGACGGUUGAUUUUGGAACUGUGCGACUUCUUUUUUCCCUGUUGUGCUGCGAUGUAGUUUCUCACCAUAAGUAAGCACCGUUUCCGAUCUCCUCUCACCGAUGUAUGAUUCGUGUACAUACGACAUAUAGUCGCAAUUAUAUUAAAACUAGCAUUAUUCAAUAAAUAUUCAUCGUUUCGUUCCCACAUCCAUAUUUUGUAAGCGUUAUUUUAUAGGUGUGCUAUACUAUACACUAAAGAAAGCGCACAUGAAGUCAAAGGCUGGUCUUCCUAUGACUUAAAAAGACUUAGGAUAUUGAAAAACUCACUUAGCUUAACCAUAGCUGAUGCCAAAUGUCUUGAUGCCAACUGUCUUGUGCAGUACAAUUUCCAUUUAAAUGGACGUUCUAAGCGUGAGUGUGAUAGGAACAAGGAUUAUGAUGGAGGCUUUCCGUGAAUUUUUGUUUGCAACUCUGUUUACUGUUUGUAAAAAUGUUAAUGCGUACUGUGAUAUUAUGUUACCCUCUUUUCUGACAUAAGAAAUGGUGUUGUAUUCGGCGUGUCGUGUAUCGAUAGCUAAGUGUACUUAAGCUCAGAUUUUACAGGCACAGUAAAAGCGGAAUAGUUCUUGCUGCGUUCAUUUGGGUACUAUUAUUUUUCUGCAUUAGUAGCUAUUUGACACAUCGUUUCCCAUUCUUCCACUCCGCAGUUUUAGUAUAUGCCUACGAGACAAUUUACUAUAAUGAUGUAUGUAAGUUUUCUAAUUAAAGAAUAUUAUAGAACA